CGCCAGGCUGCGGCUCUCAGGAGCUUACGCAUGCGCGGAAGGUUCGGGAAAGUUCCCGAGUAGUAGUCGGCGGUUUCCGGAAGGAAACGAAGCUGCUUCUUCUCCUCGCCGGGUAUUCCUCCUCAGCAGUCAGCACAGCGUGUGGCCGUGUCAACAAUCAUGUCUUUACUGUGCUACAACCGGGGCUGCGGGCAGCGCUACGACUCCGAGACCAACACCGAGGACUCCUGUACCUACCACCCCGGUGUGCCGGUGUUUCAUGAUGCUCUGAAGGGCUGGUCGUGCUGUAAGAGGAGAACCACAGACUUCUCCGAUUUCCUCAGUAUUGUGGGCUGUACUAAGGGGCUCCACAAUAAUGAGAAACCCCCAGAACCUGUAAAACCAGAGGUGAAGACAUCCGAGAAGAAAGACUUGACAGACCUGAAGCCAAAGUUCAAUGAACACAUCAUACAAGCACCAAAGCCCAUAGAAUCCAUUAAGAGGCCCAGCUCAGACGAGCCUUUGACGCGGUUGGAGCUGAGGGUAUCGGCGUCUUUGAAGCAAGCACUGGAUAAACUGAAACUUUGCUCCAACGACAGUAAUACCGAAGCAGAUGAGGACACAGGAGAGAUCAAAAUUGGAACUUCCUGUAAAAAUGGUGGCUGCACAAAGACAUUUAUUGGACCACAGAGUAAUGAAGAAGUAUGUCAGUAUCACGCUGGAGUGCCUAUCUUCCAUGAAGGGAUGAAAUAUUGGACCUGCUGCAAGAGGAAAACGUCAGAUUUUAAUACCUUUUUAUCGCUGGAAGGGUGUUCGAGAGGCUCGCAUUUGUGGAUUAAAAAGAAUGAUGGUAAAAAAGUUGUUCCAUGUCGGCACGACUGGCAUCAGACAGGUGGAAGUGUCACCAUCUCAAUCUAUGCAAAGAAUUCUGUUCCUGAGCUCAGCUACGUAGAGGCCAAUAGCACUGUGGUCAACAUUCACAUAGUGUUUGAUGGUGAGAAAGAAUUCCAGCAGCAUCUACAAUUAUGGGGGGUCAUCGAUGUCCAAAAAAGUUAUGUGAAUUUAACAGCGACAAAGGUGGAAGUUUUCAUGAAAAAGGCAGAGCCAAUGAUGUGGGCCCGACUAGAGCUGCCUCAGAAAGUUGCCCCUCCGCCCCAACACGAGGACUCUGGAGACGCCCAUGACCCAUGAUCUGGGACCAGAAUUAGAUGCUGGCUAGUUGUAGGGAUCCAAGGGUGUUGUUUUUUUUUCUGACUGAUAAUUUGUAUUGAUUAAAUGAGGCUUUGUUAUUUAUCAGUA